GGUGCAAAUGUUUUGAACCAUGGUUUGAAUAUCGAAAGUGUCUAAACUUGCAUUUUAAUGCUAGUUUUAAACCAAAAUGCAUUAUUCUUCAUUUUCUAUCUUGUUGACCUUAUUUGUUUUUACUGGUCUGCUAAGUUUCCAUCCAUCUGAAGCAUUUCUUGAGUGGCUUUGGGGCUUUAACUCAGAUGACAGUCCAGAAACUCCAGUUGUGAGAACAAAUGGUGUGAAGUUUGAGGUUCAAACAACAGACGAAAAGUUUCUCCAGCUGAAGGAUGUUUUUGAAAAUAUGUCAGAAUUAGAUGCUUGCAACAAUAUUGUAAUUUACAAGUUGAAGAAACGAUGUGGAGAACUAUCAGAUGAAGAACUUGGCAAGUUGUCUGUACAGUUGUUUAAUUGUCAAACUACUGUAGAGAAAAGACCAACCUAUAAAUGCACGGAUGGAAUGACUCUGGCAGAAUGUACAAAAGAUAUGGAUGGUACAACUUGGAAUGGGUACCAGAUAGUGAACAAUCGAGCGCGAGCUCUUUGCUACGCCACCCAGCACCAACAGUUCCGCAAGUUGACAGAGAUCACAGUAAAUCAACUGAUGUCACAGGCACAUGGACAGUUAGAAUAUUUACAACAACUUCAGUCUGGUCAGGAGCAACUACAUCAAAUGACCACACAUACUGUACGUGAAUUGUACGAGAGCCAGAAAGACUUGAUUGGUAACCAACAAACAUUGAAAAUGUCCCAGGACAGUGUCCUGUCUCAAAUCCAUUCCAACAUGGAAGAAUUAAAACAUGAAAAAGCCAUGAUUGCUACAGGAAACAAGGAAUUGGCAGAUUUAACUGAAAAUAUAAGAUCAAAAUUAGACGAGGCUACAAACCAGUUACAAAGGCAAGAGAACACACAGCUUGAUAGCCAUGAGAAAAUACUUAAAGAUCUCACAAAUAUACAGAAAAAAUCACACGAUGCCUUGAACAAACUUGAUGAAAGUUCUGCACAUUUGGUGAAGAACCACGAGGAAAUGUUAAGUAACUACGAACGUAUGUACGAGAACAUGAUGAGGAUAAAUGCGACAGUUUCUCACCUCCUGUCGACAGUUAAUGUGAUGCAGAACCACCUGGAUGAGAAAAUAAACUGGUUCUCAACACUGCUUCAUAUGGCAGAUGACAAAUUGUCAAUACUAACAUGUGGAGCGUUACAUAUUGGCUACUUCCUGUUUGCGGCACUGACGGCCUCAUUCCUACAGACGCCAGCAGCGACUCGUUUAAUCCUGUUUGUAUUGGUUGCAUUGAACGCGUCCAUGGAGAUCCAGUAUAAUCAGAGUCUUGACUUUGCCUCAAUAUCCCUCUUUUUGUUCAUUGUCUGCUUAGUUAAUUGGAUUUACAUUUGGUGGAGCAGACGUCACAAGGUCAAGUCAAGGUCAGAUCCUCCAUUUGUGUCUGGUUCCCUUACUGCUCCUGGUAUGGAACAGCACUCAGAUGAAGAUGAUGAGAACCAGUUUCCUGAUACAACAACUACAAGUGCUGGUACCCCUCAUGUUACACCUUUAUCACCUGUAGAGAUGAGGCAGCUGACAACCAACCUCAGUAGAUUGUAUAAUUCAUUAAAUGAGAGUGGUUUACAAGGGAAAGGUAACUUUAUGCCAAGGGGAAGUAAUUCAACUCCAAGGAAUCACUUUAGAGAGCCUCAGCCAUCCACCAGUGCAUUCACACCUUACAGGAGACCGGAACAAGUGCGAGCCGACUCCUCCACAGCUAAAGAAAAUGUGGCAAAAGUUCAAAGAUAUUUAGAGAAUUUAGAGGAGAAUUCAUCGCUAGGUGGUGAUUUUGAGACACCAGAUAAUACUAGCAGUGCGGCACCUCGUUACAGACAUUCUACACCACAACGGUCUUCCUCCAGAAUGUCCACAUCUAGUAAUCGCUCAAUGUGUCAGGGAUUUACCAAGGCAGGCAUUCCAUGUAGACUAGGCUGUUCCAGUGGGUCCGAAUACUGUUACAGGCACAGAGGUCAGGGGUCAUCGUCAUGACAACAAAACUGCUGAAGAGUUCAACAGUUACACUUGUUAGUAGCAGUAUUUUAAUGUUAUCUAUAAUGUAUUACAUGUCUCAGAUUUAAUUUGCAUAUUCCAUCAGUGGUAUAUUUUAUUGUGCCAUUCUCUUAUUUCUAUAUAUAUUUCUAUGAUAAACUUUCCAAUAUGAUCAAUAUCUCAUGGAACAAGUAGAUCUAUCUCAUUCUUAAUAUUAUGGGGUUGCUAUUGCCUUAGUUUAUAAGAUUUACAACAGUUUAAAAAUAAGUUUACAGCAGUGUCCAGCUGAUUUGCAUGUUUGAAAGAUAUGCUGGAUUCCGACAGCCUACAAGACAAAAUUUGAACAUUUUUUAGUGUGGUUUACAAACAAUACAUGACAAAAUGUGAAACUUCUUCGAGAUUAAGUUUAGUUCUCCAUCUUUAUUUUCUACAUUUAUUUUUUAUUGACUAUCUAAAUAUAAUGAUAAAUUGCUUAAUCUCUUAAGAUUACCCAUGUUACAAAGACAUUUCAAGGCCAAGUUUAAUCUAUGUAAUAUGAAAAAGGAAAGACGUCUGGAAAAGACGUUUGUGAAAGAAUUUUCAACAAAAUUAUACAUUGUAUUUUAUUCGUUAAAAUGUUGAAGCUAAUGAUGAACGAAAUAUAACACUCUUUGUUGGUUUUCUUGAUUAUGUACUUUUCCCAUAUUAGCUGUUUAUCAAUUUUAUCAAACCAAUUUUUAGAUACAUGUACUUGCUUUUUCAAAUUUUACAGUUCAUUUUGUUUUUCAUGACUAUAAUAUAUAUGUACCUAAUAUGUACUUUUAAAAAAAUAAUUAUAAUGUGUACAAUCAAAAUUAAAAUCAUGUUCACUGUCAUCAUUAUCAACUGUUGAUUACUUGCCAAUCAUGUAUCAUUAAUAUGUAGUAGAGUCUUGUUAAACCAAAACUAGCUGACUCAAAGGUCAAAGGUGAAGGUCACACAUAGAGGUGAAAGGUCGUGGAUGAAAUUUGUAAUUUGUUUCUGGUCCAUAACUUAGUUAAUCUCUGACAGAUUAUAAAUCCCAGAUUAAAACAUUAUACCAAGAAUGCAAAAAUAUAGGCACCAUUCUUAUGAAGACACUUUUCUGAUCUAACCAGAGAUAGUACGGUCACAAUGGUGUCAAUUUAGCAAGGUUUCACUGUAUUAUUUCAAGAAAUUUGGUGCUAUGUUAAUAACAAUUGGAAAUAUUUGAAGAUGUUUCUUUUUUCAUCAUCAAAAACUACAGGCUCUUUUAUGAUUAUAUUUUUUAUAUUGACAAUAAAUGAGAAUAUAUUUUAGCAAUUGAUUCUUCCAUUAACAAUUAUUUUUUCAAAGAUGUUCAAUUGAAAACAAACUCAGGUAUUAGCUUAAGCAGGGGUACACUGAAUGUUGUCAUAGAAUUAUUUUUUAUUUCAUUACAUUGAUGUCUUUUUAUUAAUUAAUUAUGUCAUAUUAAAACAAAUGUCACAAUGUUUAUGAAAGAUUAUUGAGAAAAUUUACUAAUUGUGACAUUUCUAUUUCGUUUGCUUUUGAAAUUUGAGAAUAUCAUGUUCAGAAAAAAGUGUUUCUCAAUUGAUCCUUUAUAGCUUAAAUUUAUUUAGAAAAUGCUGUCAAUGUUUUUUUUAUCUUUUUGCUGUCAAAGUUAUUAUAUCUACUAUGUUUAUAUUGUUGCCUUCCCUGUACAUGUAUAUAUUUUACUUAUACAGACCUAGUGCUGUUCUGUUGUAUAUAUUUUUGUGGGAGUGGGGGGCUGGAUUGUUUGGUGUUUAUAGAGUUGCAUUCCAUAUUACUAUACUUGGAAAUAUUUUACUUUUUAUCACCCCACCACCCCACCCUUAUCCUCCACCAAUACUUUGAUGACAGGAGUUGGGAUAUAAGAUUAUUUUUUUCUUGUGUGCAGAGGACAUGUCUAUCAUAGAAUAAUUUUACACAUUUGCCCUCUGAAGAGACAUGUUUCUAAAUCACUUUGUUUCAGCAAUGACAAAAAAUCCCCAUAUCAAUGUUAUUAAAUUUUUUGUCUUCAUUUAAUUUCUAUGUAAAGAGAGACUCUUCCAUAUGUGCUUGUUUCAGUUUGUUAAUUGCAAUACAAGUACAUGUAUUAACAAUUAGAUUAAUUUAGAUUUAUGUUCUUUUUUGUUAUGAUUUUGUUGUUUACAUGUAUUACUUUCAUUUCUCAUUUUUGUUAAUUUUUGUGAAAGUUCAAUUAGUCACUUUUGUCUUGAAAAACAAGUAAGGAGAAUGUUUUACACACAUCUUAGAGGAAGGAUUAAAAAAUAACUAUUUCCUAAUAUUAUCACAUGUUUUAGUUUGUGUGGAAUUUCCUUUAAAAAUUGUGGGUGAUUUUAAGUUUUGUAUUUGUUUAUUCUUAUUUUGUUUUUAUUAUUGCCAUUGAGUAAUGUUUUUUCCAUAUGCAAAUAAAGAAAUUUGCUCAAAGUAACAA